GAAAUCCUCUGAAACUGUUAACGAUACAAAUGCCACAAGACAAAUGCAAAAUGACCGUGAUGAUGCAGAUAAUCCAAAGCAGAAGCAACCCCUUCAAAAAGUUGUAGAGCCAAAAAGCAAUGGAUUUUUAGGAGAUUCUCUGAAUAAGAAAAGUGGAGAAACUGUUGAAGAUAUCUUGAAACUCAUGCCUCCUGAUUUUUUUGAUUUCUGGAAUUUUUGCUCUACUAUAAACAAAGCAAAACCUGAAGAUGCAUUUGCAGAAAUUGGUUUUCACCUAGUUGGAGUCUAUGAUUUGCUGGCAAAGAAAGUUCCGAAGACGAAAACGGUGUAUCUGCACUGCCAUUGGCGAUAUUACUAUGAUCCCCCUGAAUUUCAAACUAUUAUCAAACUAGAUGGGGAUGACCUAUUUCAUAUUGGAUAUUUCAGUGAUGAUCCAUCUGAAGUGCCUCGGAUACUGGCUUCAAAUAAGGCAAACUCAGGAGCAAAACUAACUUUGAUGGGUGACAAUGUAUUUGCUGCUAUGAAUUCUGCCCUUUCAAAGGUAUUGAAUCGAAUAAAUGAAAAAAAGCUGAAAGAAAAGUUCUUGAACAUUCAACGUGAUUUACAAGUAUUUGCAAAGAAAAAAAAGUAUUCCUUAGAAACAAUAACAGGAAAAACUAAAAAUAGACAAAAAAGGGUUGUGGCAAAAACAUUUCAUUCUCUUGGAAUUGUUGUACCGAUUGUACGUGAUGUUGGAUAUAGAUGUUUAAGUGAAACUGAUGCUUCAUUAAAAAGGGCUCUGAAUAAAAUUGUGACUGCUAAAGAUGUGAAGACAAAGGAAGAAAAUGAAAGCAUUUUAUUUGAUAUCAUCCAUAAUGUGCACUUAGCCAAUGAUGAAUGUGAUUUUGGCACAGGACUUGAGCUGGGGAUUGAUUUAUUUUGUAAUGGAGAUCCAUACUUUCAUCCAAAUAUACUUCGCUUCUUGCCUUUAGCUUAUUAUUUAUUGAAACGUAACAAAUUUGGGGAGAUAGUUCAUGCCCACCUUAAAAACCGAAAAACUGGUGAUGAUCUGGCUGAUGCUGAUUUGUGAUUUUUUUUAAAAAAAAUGUAUGUACUUUUAAAUUAGUAGCCUUUUUUAAUGUUUGUUUUUACUGAGAAAUGUGUAGAUAUUCAAUGUAUUUUUAUAUAUAUUUUUCCCAUAUUUGAAAUGUGGAAACACAAAAAUACAUUAUAUAUUUUUACUUGUAAAAAUCAUUAUCAUUUAUUUUUAAAUAAAUUAUGCUCCUUGUUUUAUCA